AUGCUAGAGCAGCACCGACUGGUGUCUCAUCUCUACCACUGUCCACUUGACAUCGUGCAAAUGGAAGGCGAGGCCAGUUUGCAGGCAUUAAACGGAUUCAUUUUCAUCGUCUCUUGUGAUGGCGAAGUCUUCUCGGUGUGCAAGACUGUGGAACACUACUUGGGGUUUCAUCAGUCUGACAUCCUGCACCAGAGUGUGAUGGAACUGAUACACUCCGAAGAUAGGGACGAAUUCCACCGGCAACUAUCCUGGCAAGCGAUGCUUCCUCCCGAACAUCGCAAUCUCACCCUCCAAGAAGUGCUUUCACCAGCUUACAGUCAUCUCCUCCAGCGAUGUUUCACCGUUCGCUUCCGCUGUCUACUCGACAACACUUCCGGCUUUAUCACGCUAGAAAUAAGCGGUCGCCUUCAGUUUCUCCACGGUCACACAAGAAACUUUCAGCUCACUUCGUCUCCCUCACGUAAAGGGGAAGGUGUGCAGGAGGGAGCUGGCAGGCAGGGUAGACAGAGUGUGACAGUUGAAGGUCAUGGGAUGGCACCCACCGCAUGCCCCAUCUCCUCGUCCGUCGCCUCCAUCUGCCCUUCCUCCUUUGGCCUCUUCGGAGUCUGCAGUCCCCUCGGCUCUUUGCCCAGUCUGGAUGGGUCUCAGCGCGAGACCUCCUUUAAAACAAAGCACAAAAUGGACCUCACUAUCACUAGCAUGGACGCCCGUGCCCGCUCCAUGUUCGGUUUCAAUGGCAAAGAGGAUGGUCGUAUCAAGGUUUACGACCUCAUCCAUUAUGACGAUCUCAGCUACGUUGCUCAGGGACACAGAGAAGUAUGCAAACAGGGCUCCAUAGGUCUCUUGUCACAUCGGUGGCUUUCCAACACGGGCACCUGGAUAUGGCUACAAUCACGGCUACGAAUUGUUUACAAGGACAAUAAAGCUGACCAUAUCGUCGCAAUCCACCGGAAAUUGGAUGACGCUGAGGGUAAUGAGCUCUAUUACCGCCGGAAUUCCGAGUACAAACUACCGUUUCCCCUCCUUGAGCCGGAAACUCUUAUGUCUGAGGAUGACUCAAACGAAAUCAACGGAAACGACGUGUCAGCGAGAGAGGCUACAUCACUUCCCGAAGUAAAGUCUUUCACAGAUGACUCCAACGAUGCCCAAGUAAAGGUUUCGCUCCCCCUGGAUUCUGAAAAGGAGUCAGGGUCGGGGAAACUCUGGAAAUCUUACGAAAGCAGCAGUCAAGAGCCAAACUGUGGUAGUGAGAUUAAGCCGUCAGGAAUCAAGAAGUUCAAGGGACAGUCAAAGAAUUAUCUUCAAACAACUCGUCGAAGAAAGACUCCCUUUAAGGCUUCUACUGUUACAGCAAAGAACUUGACACGCUCCUCCACCAGCUACUAUCCAGGCCUUGAGACGGGAUAUUCUUCCGCUAGCUGGUAUAACUAUCGAAAUCUCUUUGGUAGAAACUUCCUCAGCUCGACAGGAACGAAGACUGACGAUUACAUGCAAAAUUACACUAUGUAUGGCUAUAACAAUGGCUCAAAUCGGCAUACCUACGGCUACCAUGGAUGGGACUUCGACCGAACAAAGAGCGAAGAGGACGCCUACUGUGCGAUGCUGAAUGGUGAACAUGUUCAGCCGAAUGGCUUCCCGUACACACUACCCUACGGCAACAACGACUACAGUUCAGCGUACGAGGCCUAUUCUGCAGCCGUGGCAGCGGCAGCAGUGGUAGCGGCUGCCAGCGGGCAGAACCAAUGUAGCGAAUACACAGCACCUAACAACCUGCCUCAGACACACGAAUCAGAGGCGUAUGAUGGUGCGGUGCGUGUAAUUCGUAGUCCCCUGAUCUACAAUACAACCACACAUGAGCAACAGACCUACGUAUCUCACCAACAUCACUCUGUGCAUGCCACACCCCCUCAGCACCAAGCUCUGCCCUCCUUUUCAGGCUACCUUCAACAUAAGGAGGAGGGUGUGGAAAGUAUUGGCGGUGACCUUAUCUCCGAAUUGGCUCUGAAGGCGGAUGUGGGGACACGGGUUGUUCAGCCGACAUGGUUCUCGCAUAUCAACACCCUCAGUCAGACCGUACCAGGGGAAGUGAAUGAAGAUGCAAAAUCACAGCCCCAGUCUCAAAUGGCUGUUUACCACCAACAUCACCAGCAACACCUCAACAGCACCACGGACGCAGCAACGAGGGAUAGCAGUGCGUACGGCCACGAUGGCGUUAUGGAAUCCGUUCAGUGUGGCAACCUAAUACCCUGGAAUCAUUUCGAAAACCGGCCGUCCUGUGUUGGUGACACCGGCCUCUGCGAGACGGCCAACUACCAAGUGGGCUUUGCUACGACAACGUGA